CGGAAAGUCGUCUGUUUGGACAACAGCAGCAGGAGAAGAAGAAGAGGCCAGCCGACGUGCCGGGUUAAGACUGUUCCAGGUUCCGUUCUUGAUUUACAGUUUGGGGGCUUAAACUGAGCUGGAGCUGAAACAUGUACGACCAGGACGAAGAUAAUCAGUAUGAUGAAGAUGAUGAUGAAAUCACUCCUGAUCUGUGGCAGGAAGCUUGUUGGAUCGUCAUCAGCUCUUAUUUUGACGAGAAGGGCCUGGUGCGGCAGCAGCUGGAUUCGUUCGAUGAGUUCAUCCAGAUGUCUGUUCAGAGGAUUGUGGAGGAUGCUCCACCCAUUGACCUGCAGGCUGAGGCCCAGCACACUUCAGGGGAGGUGGAGGAACCGCCUCGUUACCUGCUGAAGUUUGAGCAGAUCUACCUGUCCAAACCCACCCACUGGGAAAGGGACGGAGCUCCGUCUCCCAUGAUGCCCAACGAAGCUCGAUUGAGGAACCUGACGUACUCUGCCCCUCUGUAUGUGGACAUCACAAAGACCAUCAUAAAGGAGGGAGAGGAGCAGCUUCAGACGCAGCACCAGAAGACCUUCAUCGGUAAAAUUCCCAUCAUGCUCCGCUCCACCUACUGCCUGCUGAGCGGCCUGACCGACAGAGACUUGUGUGAGCUCAACGAGUGUCCGCUGGACCCUGGAGGUUAUUUCAUCAUCAACGGCUCUGAGAAGGUGCUGAUUGCGCAGGAGAAGAUGGCCACCAACACUGUUUAUGUUUUCGCCAAGAAAGACUCCAAGUACGCCUACACGGGGGAAUGUCGGUCCUGUUUGGAGAACUCAUCCCGUCCCACCAGCACCAUCUGGGUCAGCAUGAUGGCCCGAGGAGGACAGGGAGUGAAGAAAAGCGCCAUAGGGCAGAGGAUCGUGUCCACGCUGCCGUACAUCAGACAGGAAGUUCCCAUCAUCAUCGUGUUUCGAGCGUUGGGCUUCGUGUCCGACAGAGACAUCCUGGAGCACAUCAUCUAUGACUUUGAUGACCCUGAGAUGAUGGAGAUGGUGAAGCCGUCUCUGGAUGAAGCGUUUGUGAUCCAAGAGCAGAAUGUGGCGCUAAACUUUAUUGGUUCCAGAGGAGCUAAACCCGGAGUGACGAAGGAGCGGAGAAUCAAGUACGCCAAAGAAGUUCUGCAGAAGGAAAUGCUGCCGCACGUUGGUGUCAGCGACUUCUGUGAGACCAAGAAGGCCUACUUCUUAGGGUACAUGGUCCACCGGCUGCUCCUCGCUGCUCUUGGUCGGAGGGAGCUGGAUGACAGGGAUCACUAUGGAAACAAGAGGCUGGAUCUGGCUGGACCGCUGCUGGCCUUCCUGUUCAGGGGGAUGUUCAAGAAUCUCCUGAAGGAGAUCCGGAUUUAUGCUCAGAAGUUCAUUGAUCGCGGGAAAGACUUCAAUCUGGAGCUCGCCAUCAAAACUCGCAUCAUCUCUGAUGGACUCAAGUACUCUCUGGCCACCGGAAACUGGGGCGACGUGAAGAAGGCUCAUCAGGCUCGAGCCGGGGUGUCCCAGGUGUUGAACCGGCUCACCUUUGCCUCCACGCUGUCUCAUCUUCGCAGAGUCAACUCUCCCAUCGGCAGAGACGGAAAACUAGCAAAACCUCGACAGCUGCACAACACCCUAUGGGGAAUGGUGUGUCCAGCCGAAACCCCCGAGGGCCAUGCUGUUGGUCUGGUGAAGAACCUGGCUCUGAUGGCCUACAUCUCCGUGGGCUCACAGCCAUCUCCAAUCCUGGAGUUUCUGGAGGAGUGGAGUAUGGAGAACCUGGAGGAGAUCUCCCCUGCUGCAAUUGCUGAUGCCACUAAGAUUUUUGUGAACGGCUGCUGGGUUGGAAUCCACAAAGAUCCAGAACAGCUGAUGAACACACUGAGGAAACUCCGCAGACAGAUGGACAUCAUUGUGUCAGAGGUGUCAAUGAUCCGAGACAUCCGAGAACGGGAGAUUAGGAUCUACACGGACGCUGGAAGGAUCUGCAGACCGCUGCUGAUCGUCGAGAAACAGAAACUUCUGCUGAAGAGACGGCAUAUCGACCAGCUGAAGGAGCGAGAGUACAACAACUACAGCUGGCAGGACCUGGUGGCGAGCGGUGUGGUCGAGUACAUCGACACCCUGGAGGAGGAAACUGUCAUGCUCGCUAUGACUCCUGAUGACCUCCAGGAAAAGGGCGUGGCCUAUUGCUCCACAUACACCCACUGUGAGAUCCAUCCAUCCAUGAUUCUGGGAGUCUGUGCGUCUAUCAUCCCCUUUCCCGACCACAACCAGUCUCCUAGGAAUACGUACCAGUCUGCUAUGGGGAAACAGGCCAUGGGCGUCUAUAUCACCAACUUCCAUGUGAGAAUGGACACGCUGGCUCAUGUCUUGUACUAUCCCCAGAAACCGCUGGUAACCACCCGAUCCAUGGAGUACCUGCGCUUCCGAGAGCUGCCAGCAGGAAUCAACUCCAUCGUUGCCAUUGCCUCGUACACGGGGUACAACCAGGAGGACUCUGUGAUCAUGAACCGCUCGGCUGUGGACCGAGGCUUCUUUAGGUCUGUGUUCUACCGCUCCUACAAGGAGCAGGAGUCCAAGAAGGGAUUUGAUCAGGAGGAAAUCUUUGAGAAGCCGACCCGUGAGACGUGUCAGGGUAUGAGACAUGCCAUCUAUGACAAGCUGGAUGAUGACGGACUGAUUGCGCCUGGGGUCCGUGUUUCUGGAGAGGACGUGAUAAUCGGGAAGACGGUGACUCUGCCGGAAAACGAAGAUGAGCUGGACAGCACCAACCGGCGCUACACCAAGAGGGACUGCAGCACCUUCCUUAGGACCAGCGAGACUGGCAUUGUGGAUCAGGUCAUGGUGACCCUAAACCAGGAGGGCUACAAGUUCUGCAAGAUCAGGGUUCGUUCGGUCCGCAUUCCUCAGAUCGGAGAUAAGUUUGCCAGCCGUCACGGACAGAAGGGAACCUGUGGGAUCCAGUACAGACAGGAGGACAUGCCGUUCACCUGCGAGGGCAUCACACCUGACAUCAUCAUCAAUCCUCACGCCAUCCCAUCCAGAAUGACUGUCGGCCAUCUGAUCGAGUGUCUGCAGGGCAAGGUUUCAGCCAACAAAGGUGAGAUUGGCGACGCAACGCCGUUUAACGACGCCGUCAAUGUGCAGAAAGUAUCCAACCUGCUGUCUGAGUAUGGCUACCACCUGAGAGGCAAUGAGGUUCUGUACAACGGCUUCACUGGGAGGAAACUGACGUCUCAGAUCUUUAUUGGACCAACGUAUUAUCAACGGCUGAAGCACAUGGUGGAUGAUAAGAUCCACUCCAGGGCCCGGGGCCCUGUACAGAUCCUGAACCGGCAGCCAAUGGAGGGCCGUUCUCGUGAUGGCGGUCUGCGUUUCGGGGAGAUGGAGCGGGACUGUCAGAUCGCUCAUGGAGCGGCUCAGUUCCUCAGAGAGCGCCUGUUUGAGGCGUCUGACCCGUAUCAAGUUCACGUCUGCAACCUGUGUGGACUGAUGGCCAUUGCCAACACCAGGACGCACACAUAUGAGUGUCGGGGCUGCCGCAACAAGACACAGAUCUCUCUGGUCCGGAUGCCAUACGCCUGCAAGCUUCUUUUCCAGGAACUGAUGUCCAUGAGCAUUGCUCCUCGAAUGAUGACCUCAUAGAAUGGUUUAGCCAAUCAGCUGCCUGCCUGCACACCAGGAAGUGGCAUCACCAUGAAGAGGAGAAAGUAGAUUUUUGUUUCACUCUGUAUUUUGUUUGUUUUGUGAUCGUAAAUAAAUGUUUUUUUUCUAA